AUGCCAUCACUGCUACCCAGAAGACUAUGGAUGGUUCCUCUGAAACUGUGGUGCGAUGGCCAAGGGGUUGCCCAAAAAGUCAUCCCUGCUUCUAUUGGCACUGCCAAGGUCAUGGGCAAGGCCAUCCCGGAGCUGAAUGGAAAGCUCACGAACAUGUCCUUCCAUGUCCCCACCCCCAACAUGUUGGUUGUGGAUCUGACCUGCUGCCUGGAGAAACCUGCCAAGUAUGAUGAGGUCAAGAAGGUGAUGAAGCAGGUGUCAGAGGGCCGCCUCAAGGGCAUUCUGGGCUACAAUGAGGACUGGGUUUUCUCCUGCGACUUCAACAGUGAUACUCACUCUUCUACCUUUGAUGCUGGGGCUGGCAUUGCCCUCAAUGACCACUUUGUGAAGCUCAUUUCCUGGGACAACAAUGAAUUUGGCUACAGAAACAGAGUGAUGGACCUCAUGGUCCCCAUGGCCUCCAAGGAGUAA